GCAAUAAAAAUAAUAGAUGUUGUCUAUGGGUAUACCCAUAGACAAAAGCCAAAUCAUGUGUUUGGUGUUUCUAAAAUUUUUACAGCUUGGUACAAUGGCUGGAAGUGAUAAUAGUAAACCUAAUGGAGUUGAAAAUAAUGAAGCUAAUGAUGCCCCAAAUGAUGAAGUUAUAGAAAACGAAAAUGAACAAAUAAUACAUGAAGAAUAUGAUCAAUUAGACUCAAAGUUAGACGAACUUAACCAAGCAUUAGAUUUUAUAGAGCAAAAAAAUGAUGAUAUUCAUCAAAGGCUAAGGGAACUACUUCAGGCAAACAGGGAUAUAAGGAAGGAAAUUCAGAAUGAAAACAUGAACAAAUAAAAUUUUUAUUGAAAUAAAACAAAAUGUAUGUAGUAAAUGUUGAUAGAAAAUAAUUUAAAAAAUGUUUUUCUGUUAAUUUUCUGUACCAAUAAUUAUUAUUUGUUUAAACAUUUAUUACUUCAGUAUUCUUCAAUAACUUAGCAAUGUUAGAAUAUAAUUGUAAUAUUAUAUCUUCAUUAUAAUUGGAAAAAAAUAUAUAGAUUUUCAUUGUGUUGUUACAAAAACAUGUUAAAGCACAUUAUUAAUUAUGUAUAUUAUUUCUAGUAUUAUACAUAUGAAUAUAAUAUGAAAUUAUAAAA